AUGGGCGACCCGAGCGGGUGCCGGGCGCUGGCCUGGGCCCUCCUGGUCCUGCUCUGGGUGCCGACGGCAGAGCCCCAGGGCAGCGCGGGGCCAAGCUGGGCAGACGCAGAGGCAGCCAAGGGCAGUCGGAGGAUGGACACUGCCCAGCGCACGAUCUUCAUCCCACCCAUCACCGGCCUCCCCCCCAUGAGCCCCCUGAACCCGGCGCACAACGGCCGGGUCUGCAGCACGUGGGGCGACUUCCACUACAAGACCUUCGACGGCGACGUGUUCCGCUUCCCCGGCCGCUGCAACUACGUCUUCUCGGCGCACUGCGGGGCCGCCUACGAGGACUUCAACGUCCAGCUGCGCCGCGGCCUGGCCGGCUCCAGGCCCGCCGUCACCCACGUGGUGCUCAAGGCCCAGGGGCUGGUGCUGGAGGUGUCCGGCGGCUCCGUCCUCAUCGACGGGCGGCGGGAGGAGCUGCCCUACAGCCGGGCCGGCCUGCUGGUGGAGCGGAGCAGCGACUACGUCAAGGUCAGCGUCCGGCUGGUGCUCACCUUCGUGUGGAACGGAGAGGACAGCGCCCUGCUGGAGCUGGACCCCAAGUACACCAACCAGACGUGCGGCCUCUGUGGGGACUUCAACGGGCUCCCGGCCGCCAACGAGUUCUACGCCCACAACGCCAGGCUGACGCCGCUGCAGUUCGGGAACCUGCAGAAGCUGGACGGGCCCACGGAGCAGUGCCAGGACCCCCAGCCCGGCCCAGCCGACAACUGCACGGACGCGGAGGACAUCUGCCGCCGCACCCUGCUGGGCCCGGCCUUCGCCCAGUGCAACGGGCUGGUGGCCGCCGACGCGUACGUGGCCGCCUGCGCCCAGGACCUGUGCCGCUGCCCCACCUGCCCGUGCGCCACCUUCGCCGAGUACUCCCGCCAGUGCGCCCACGCAGGGGGGCAGCCGCAGAACUGGAGGGGCCCCGACCUCUGCCCCCGGGCGUGCCCCCUCAACAUGCAGCACCAGGAGUGCGGCUCGCCCUGCGCGGACACCUGCUCCAACCCCGAGCGCGCCCAGCUCUGCGAGGACCACUGCGUGGACGGCUGCUUCUGCCCCCCAGGCACGGUGCUCGAUGACGUCACCCACACGGGCUGCGUGCCCCUGCAGCGCUGCCCCUGCGCCCACGGCGGCCGCACCUACGCCCCGGGGGCCUCCUUCACCACCAGCUGCAGCUCCUGCACCUGCUCCGGGGGACUGUGGCAGUGCCAGGACCUCCCGUGCCCGGGCACCUGCUCCGUCCAGGGCGGCUCCCACAUCUCCACCUACGACGAGAAACUCUACGACAUGCACGGCGACUGCAGCUACGUCCUGUCCAAGAAGUGUGCAGACAGCGGCUUCACGGUGCUGGCCGAGCUGCGGAAAUGCGGCCUGACCGACAACGAGAACUGCCUCAAAACGGUGACCCUGAGCAUGGACGGCGGGGACACGGUCAUCCGGAUCCAGGCCAACGGCGGGGUGUUCCUGAACUCCAUCUACACCCAGCUGCCCGUGUCAGCAGCCAACAUCACCAUGUUCAGGCCCUCGAGCUUCUUCAUCCUGGUGCAGACGGGCCUCGGGCUGCAGCUGGAGGUGCAGCUGGUCCCCCUCAUGCAGCUGGUCCUCAGGCUGGACCCCGCCCACCGAGGCCAGAUGUGCGGCCUCUGCGGGAACUUCAACCAGAACCAGGCGGACGACUUCCGCGCCCUCAGCGGCGUGGUGGAGGGCACGGCCGCCGCCUUCGCCAACACCUGGAAGACCCAGGCCUCCUGCCCCAACGUCAGGGGCAGCUUCGAGGACCCCUGCUCCCUGAGCGUGGAGAACGAGAACUACGCCCAGCACUGGUGCUCCCUGCUCACCGACCCCGCCGGCGCCUUCUCACCCUGCCACUCCGUCAUCAACCCCACGCCCUUCCACUCGAACUGCCUGUUCGACACGUGCAACUGCGAGAAGAGCGAGGACUGCCUGUGCGCCGCGCUGUCCGCCUACGUCCGCGCCUGCGCCGCGCGGGGCGUGCUGCUCCGCGGCUGGAGGGCCGGCGUCUGCACCAAGUACGUGAGCGCCUGCCCCAAGUCCCAGCGCUACGCCUACGUGGUGGACGGCUGCCCGCCCACCUGCCGCGCCCUGGGCCAGGCUGACGUCACCUGCGGCGUGGCCUUCGUGCCCGUGGACGGCUGCACCUGCCCCGACGGCACCUUCCUGGACGACGCCGGCAGCUGUGUGCCCGCCGAGGCCUGUCCCUGCUACUUCCGGGGCUCCGUGGUGGCCCCCGGGGAGGUGGUGCAUGACCACGGCGUGGUGUGCUCGUGCGCGAGUGGGAAGCUGAGCUGCCUGGGCGCCGAGGAGCAGACCAGCACAGACUGCGUGGCCCCCAUGGUGUACCUGAACUGCAGCCACGCCUCGGCCGGCACGCCAGGCGCCGAGUGCCUCCGGAGCUGCCACUCGCUGGACGUGGACUGCUUCAGCACGCACUGCGUGUCCGGCUGCGUCUGCCCCCCGGGGCUGGUGUCCGACGGGAGCAGGGGCUGCGUGGCCGAGGACGACUGCCCCUGUCUGCACAACGACGCCACCUACCGGCCCGGGGACACCAUCCGGGUCGACUGCAACACCUGCACCUGCCGGAACCGCCGGUGGGAGUGCAGCAGCCGGCCCUGCCUGGGCACCUGCGUGGCCUACGGGGACGGCCACUUCAUCACCUUCGACGGCGAGCGGUACAGCUUCGAGGGCAGCUGCGAGUACACGCUGGCUCAGGACUACUGCGGCGGCAACGGCACCAACGGGACCUUCCGCGUCGUCACCGAGAACGUCCCCUGCGGCACCACGGGCGUCACCUGCUCCAAGGCCAUCAAGCUCUUCCUGGGGAACUACGAGCUGAUCCUCCACGAGGGCACCUACAAGGUGGUGCAGAGGGGGCCGGGCGCAGACCUGCCCUACAGGGUCCGGUACAUGGGCACCCACCUGGCCGUCGAGACCCGCAGCGGCCUGGUCGUGUCCUGGGACCGCAGGACCAGCGUGUCCAUCCGGCUGCACCAGGAUUACAAGGGGCGGGUCUGCGGGCUGUGCGGGAACUUCGACGACAACGCCGUCAACGACUUCACCACGCGCAGCCAGUCCGUGGUGGGCGACGCCCUGGAGUUCGGCAACAGCUGGAAAUUCUCCCCGACCUGCCCCGACGCCCCGGCCGCCCGGGACCCCUGCACCGCCAACCCGUACCGCAAGUCCUGGGCCCAGCGCCAGUGCAGCCUCCUCAACAGCGCCACCUUCGAGGCCUGCCACGCUCAGGUCGACUCCACCAAGUACUACGAGGCCUGCGUGAGCGACGCGUGCGCCUGCGACUCCGGGGGCGACUGCGAGUGUUUCUGCACCGCCGUGGCCGCCUACGCCCAGGCCUGCCGCGACGUGGGCGUGUGCGUGGCCUGGCGCACCCCGGACAUCUGCCCCCUGUUCUGCGACUACUACAACCCCCACGGGGAGUGCGAGUGGCACUACCAGCCCUGCGGGGCGCCCUGCCUGCGGACCUGCCGGAACCCCAGUGGACGCUGCCUGAUGGACCUGCCCGGCCAGGAAGGCUGCUACCCAAAGUGCCCGCCCAGCGAGCCGUUCUUCAGCGAGGACCAGAUGAGGUGUGUGGCCCAGUGUGGCUGCUACGAUGACGACGGGAACUACUACGAUGUUGGCACUAAGGUCCCCACAGCAGAGAACUGCCAGAGCUGUGACUGUACCCCUGGGGGCCUCCAAUGCACGUACAGCCUGGAGGCCUGCAAGUGCACCUACGAGGGCAGAACCUAUGGCUUCGGGGAGGUCAUCUACAACACGACCGACGGGCUCGGCGCCUGCCUGGUGGCCGUCUGCGGGAGCAACGGGACGAUCGCGCGGAGGGCCGUGGCGUGUCCCGAGCCCCCGGCCACCACGCCCUUCACCUUCACCUCGACGGCGGCCCCGCCCUCCACGACAGGUCCGGUCCCCACGCUCUCCACCGUGUGCGUGCGGGAGCUGUGCAGCUGGUCGGCCUGGUACGACAGCGGCCGCCCAGAGCCGGGCAUGGGAGGUGGGGACUUCGAGACGUUUGCGGACCUGAGGCAGAGGGGUCACCAGGUGUGCCCGGCGCCGGCCCGAGUCGAGUGCCGCGCGCAGCGGCUUCCAGACACGCCCCUGGAGCGGCUGGGCCAGAAGGUGGAGUGCAGCCCCCAGCUCGGGCUCCGGUGCCUCAACAGCGAGCAGGACCCCCCGCUCUGCCACAACUACGAGCUGCGGGUCCUCUGCUGCGACUACGUGCCCUGCGGCACCCCCUCGGGGCCAGGCACCAGCCAGAAGCCAACCCCCCCGCCCCUGCACACCUCCCCCGUCCAGGCCACGACAGCCUUGACCUCACGGACAACGGAGCCCUGGGCAGCGAGCAGCUCCCAGACCCCGGGCCGCACCUGCCAGCCCCGAUGCCAGUGGACGGAGUGGUUCGACGAGGAUUACCCCAAGUCCGAGGAGGCCGGGGGGGACGUCGAGUCAUACGACAGGAUCCGGAGCGCAGGGGGCGAGGUGUGCGAGCGGCCGCAGGACAUCGAGUGCCGGGCGGUGAACUUCCCGGACAGGAGGCCGGAGGAGCUGGGGCAGCUCGUGCACUGCGACCCCAGCUUCGGCCUGGUCUGCCGGAAUGACGAGCAGAUGGGCCUGUUCAAGAUGUGCUACAACUACAGGAUCCGCCUGCUGUGCUGCCGCCCCUGCGAGGAGCCCACCCCUGCCACCGCCAGCGCCACCACCGCCACAGCCACUACCUCCUCCACUGCCACCCCUGCCACAGCCAGUGCCAUCCCAGCCACAGCCACCACCACCAUCUCCACAGCCGCCACCACCACCUCUACUGCCACCCCUACCACAGCCACAGCCACUACCUCCUCCACUGCCACCACUGCCACCUCCACUGCCAUCCCUGCCCCCACCACCCCUGCCACAGCCACAGCCACUACGUCCUCCACCACCACCACCACAUCCGCCACCACCACUGCCAUCCCUGCCACCGCCAGUGCCAUCCCAGCCACAGCCAGUGCCAUCCCAGCCACAGCCACCACCACCAUCUCCACAGCCGCCACCACCACCUCUACUGCCAACCCUGCCACUGCCAGUGCCACCAUAGCCACAGCCACCACCUCCACUGUCCCCACCACCACAGCCGCCACCACCGCCACUGCCACUGCCACCCCGGAAGCCACCAGCAGCCAGGGCACGACCGCCUGCGAACCCAGGUGCGAGUGGACGGAAUGGUUUGACGUGGACUUCCCCACCUCGGGGGUCACGGGCGGAGACAUGGAGACUUACGACAAUAUCAGGGCUGCCGGCGGCAAGAUGUGCCAGGAGCCGCAGAAGAUUGAGUGCCGGGCAGAGAGCUACCCGGAGGUGAGCCUCGACCAGAUCGGGCAGGUGGUGAGCUGCAGCCUGCAGGCCGGGCUGGUCUGCAGGAACCGGGACCAGAGGGGGCCGUUCACCAUGUGUUUCAACUACAACGUCCGUGUGCUCUGCUGCGACAGCGCCGGCCGCUGCCCUGCCUCCGCCACGCCACCGCCCACGCCGUCCACCCAGGUCCUGACCACGACGGCUGAGCCCGCCUCGUCCAGUGCCCCCCAUACAGCCACCCUGGCCACCUCCCCCGUACGGACCACGCCUGGGUCCUCGGCCACCAGUGCCACCGUUGUGACGCCCCUGCCCUCCAGCCCCUGGAAGCCCAGCUCCGUCUCACCUGUCCCAACGUCCCCGGCCUCUGGGGCCUGCGUGCCGCGGUGCACCUGGACAGACUGGUUCGACGUGGACUAUCCCUCUCCGGGCCCCAAUGGCGGCGACUUUGAGACCUACACCAACAUCCGGGAGGCCGGCGGGCUCGUCUGCGAGCGGCCCGUGGACCUGGAGUGCCAGGCGACCUCGCUGCCCGACGUGCCCCUGCGGCAGCUGGGCCAGGUGGUGCUGUGCCGGCUGGAGGAGGGCCUGGUGUGCCGCAACCGCGACCAGGACGGCUGGUUCAAGAUGUGCCUCAAAUACCAAAUCCGCGUGCUCUGCUGUGACGACUACCGCCACUGCCCCAGCACGGCCACGCCCACCAGCACGGCCACUCCCACCAGCACGGCCUCGCCCACCAGCACGCCCACGCCCACCAGCACGGCCAGGCCCACCAGCACGGCCAGGCCCACCAGCACGGCCACGCCCACCAGCACGGGCCGGCAGACUUCCGGGGCCACAGAGCUCAGGACCACGGCAACCACCCAGUCACCCCCCUCGUCCCCCGAGACCACAGAGAGGGUCACCGUCCCCACCGCUGAGACAGGACCCUCUACUGCCAGGACCACCGAGAGCGUGCCCCCCACCCAGACGGCUCGCACCUCCCUCAGGACCACCGAGACCACCCUGCCCACCAGCUCCCUGAAGCCAACCAUGACCUCCACGACCUCCACAACCUUCAUGACCUCCACGGCCCCUGGGGCCUGCACGCCACGGUGCACGUGGACAGACUGGUUCGACGAGGACUACCCCACACCCGGCCCCGACGGCGGGGACUUUGAGACCCUCUUGGUCCUCCGCGCGGCCGGCCACGACUUCUGCGAGCGGCCUCAGGACAUCGAGUGCCGGUCAGAGAAGGCGCCGGACGCGAGCCUGGAGGCCGUGGGCCAGGUGGUGCAGUGCGACGCGCGCUUCGGGCUGGUGUGCCGCAACCGCGACCAGCGCGGCCGGUUCCGGAUGUGCCUCAACUACCACGUGCGUCUGCUCUGCUGUGACGACUACCGCCACUGCCCCAGCACGGCCACGCCCACCGGCACGGCCACGCCCACCGGCACGGCCAUGCCCACCGGCACGGCCACGCCCACCGGCACGGCCAUGCCCACCGGCACGGCCACGCCCACCAGCACGGCCACGCCCACCAGCACGGCCAUGCCCACAGGCACGGCCAUGCCCACCAGCACAGCCAUGCCCACCAGCAUGGGCCGGCAGACUUCCGGGGCCACAGGGGUCAGGACCACAGCCGCCACCACAGGGACCAGCCUGAGGCCGACCUCCCCGACAGCCCCCAGUCCUGCCCCUCCCCACACAGCAACCUCCACCUGCCAGCCCGCAUGCCGCUGGACCGACUGGAUGGACACGGACCGGCCCCGGCCCGGCCGCUACGGGGGUGACAUUGAGACCUACUACCGCAUCGAGCAGGCGGGCGGGCAGCUCUGCGCGGAGCCGGACGCCAUCCAGUGUGAGGCCGUGCUGUCGCCAGGGGUGCCCCUCGAGGCGCUGGGCCAGGUGGUGCAGUGCGCCCGGGAGUACGGCCUCAUCUGCAGGAAUAGUCGGCAGCGGAAGGGCGAGACCUGCCUCAACUACCACAUCCGCGUGCGCUGCUGUGACGACUACCGCCACUGCCCCUCCCCCGCCCCCGAGACCACCACGGCGGCCCCCUCCCCGCCUCCAGGGAGCACCCUCACCCCAGGGACGCCCACCACCAGGGCCACCUCCAGCCCAGGGCCCAGCACCAGGGCCUCCCCAUCGCCCCCCGUUCCCGUGACCACCAGCUCCCCGCUGAGCACCACCCCGGGCCCUUCUUCGGCCGCCACCACGGCUGCAGGCUCCACGGUGAACACUCCGACCUCGCCCAUCACGACCGCCAGCCCCGUGACCUCAGUGGCCACGCCCACUGCCUGUCAGCCUCGCUGUGCCUGGACCGGCUGGCUGGACCAGAGCUACCCCAUGCCCGGGGCCUCCGGAGGGGACUUUGAGACCUACGCCAACAUGCGGGCAGCCGGCCGGCCCGUCUGCGAGCGGCCCGAGGGCCUGGAGUGCCGGGCCGAGAGGCUGCCCGACGUGCCCCUGGAGCAGGUGGGCCAGGUGGUGCAGUGCCGGCUGGAGGAGGGCCUGGUGUGCCGCAACCGCGACCAGGGUGGCCUCUUCAAGAUGUGCCUCAACUACCAAAUCCGCAUGCUCUGCUGUGACGACUACCGCCACUGCCCCAGCACGGCCACGCCCACCAGCACGGCCACUCCCACCAGCACGGCCAGGACCACCAGCACGGCCUCGCCCACCAGCACGGCCAGGCCCACCAGCACGGCCAGCACGGCCACUCCCACCAGCACGGCCUCGCCCACCAGCACGGCCACGCCCACCAGCACGGGCCAGCGGACUUCGGGGGCUACAGAGCUCAGGACCAAGGCAACCACCCAGUCACCCCCCUCGUCCCCCGAGACCACAGAGAGGGUCACCGUCCCCACCGCUGAGACAGGACCCUCUUCUGCCAGGACCACCGAGAGCGUGCCGCCCACCCAGACGGCUCACACCUCCCUCAGGACCACCGAGAGCGUGCCGCCCACCCAGACGGCUCGCACCUCCCUCAGGACCACCGAGAGCGUGCCCCCCACCCAGACGGCUCACACCUCCCUCAGGACCACCGAGAGCGUGCCGCCCACCCAGACGGCUCGCACCUCCCUCAGGACCACCGAGAGCGUGCCGCCCACCCAGACGGCUCGCACCUCCCUCAGGACCACCGAGACCACCCUGCCCACCAGCUCCCUGAAGCCAACCAUGACCUCCACGACCUCCACAACCUUCAUGACCUCCACGGCCCCUGGGGCCUGCACGCCACGGUGCACGUGGACAGACUGGUUCGACGAGGACUACCCCACACCCGGCCCCGACGGCGGGGACUUUGAGACCCUCUCGGUCCUCCGCGCGGCCGGCCACGACUUCUGCGAGCGGCCUCAGGACAUCGAGUGCCGGUCAGAGAAGGCGCCAGACGCGAGCCUGGAGGCCGUGGGCCAGGUGGUGCAGUGCGACGUGCGUUUCGGGCUGGUGUGCCGCAACCGCGACCAGCGCGGCCGGUUCCGGAUGUGCCUCAACUACCACGUGCGUCUGCUCUGCUGGACGCCCACCACCAGGGCCACCUCCAGCCCAGGGCCCAGCACCAGGGCCUCCCCAUCGCCCCCCGUUCCCGUGACCACCAGCUCCCCGCUGAGCACCACCCCGGGCCCUUCUUCGGCCGCCACCACGGCUGCAGGCUCCACGGUGAGCACUCCGACCUCGCCCAUCACGACCGCCAGCCCCGUGACCUCAGUGGCCAUGCCCACUGCCUGUCAGCCUCGCUGUGCCUGGACCGGCUGGCUGGACCAGAGCUACCCCAUGCCCGGGGCCUCCGGAGGGGACUUUGAGACCUACGCCAACAUGCGGGCAGCCGGCCGGCCCGUCUGCGAGCGGCCCGAGGGCCUGGAGUGCCGGGCCGAGAGGCUGCCCGACGUGCCCCUGGAGCAGCUGGGCCAGGUGGUGCUGUGCCGGCUGGAGGAGGGCCUGGUGUGCCGCAACCGCGACCAGGGCGGCCUCUUCAAGAUGUGCCUCAACUACCAAAUCCGCGUGCUCUGCUGUGACGACUACCGCCACUGCCCCAGCACGGCCACUCCCACCAGCACGGCCAGGACCACCAGCACGGCCAGGCCCACCAGCACGGCCAGGACCACCAGCACGGCCACGCCCACCAGCACGGCCACGCCCACCAGCACGGCCAGGACCACCAGCACGGCCAGGACCACCAGCACGGCCACGCCCACCAGCACGGCCUCGCCCACCAGCACGGCCACGCCCACCAGCACGCCCACGCCCACCAGCACGGCCAGGACCACCAGCACGGCCACGCCCACCAGCACGGCCACGCCCACCAGCACGGGCCAGCGGACUUCGGGGGCUACAGAGCUCAGGACCAAGGCAACCACCCAGUCACCCCCCUCGUCCCCUGAGACCACAGAGAGGGUCACCGUCCCCACCGCUGAGACAGGACCCUCUACUGCCAGGACCACCGAGAGCGUGCCGCCCACCCAGACGGCUCGCACCUCCCUCAGGACCACCGAGAGCGUGCCGCCCACCCAGACGGCUCACACCUCCCUCAGGACCACCGAGACCACCCUGCCCACCAGCUCCCUGAAGCCAACCAUGACCUCCACGACCUCCACAACCUUCAUGACCUCCACGGCCCCUGCGGUCUGCACGCCACGGUGCACGUGGACAGACUGGUUCGACGAGGACUACCCCACACCCGGCCCCGACGGCGGGGACUUUGAGACCCUCUUGGUCCUCCGCGCGGCCGGCCACGACUUCUGCGAGCGGCCUCAGGACAUCGAGUGCCGGUCAGAGAAGGCGCCGGACGCGAGCCUGGAGGCCGUGGGCCAGGUGGUGCAGUGCGACGCGCGUUUCGGGCUGGUGUGCCGCAACCGCGACCAGCGCGGCCGGUUCCGGAUGUGCCUCAACUACCACGUGCGUCUGCUCUGCUGUGACGACUACCGCCACUGCCCCUCCCCCGCCCCGGAGACCACCACGGCGGCCCCCUCCCCGCCUCCAGGGAGCACCCUCACCCCAGGGACGCCCACCACCAGGGCCACCUCCAGCCCAGGGCCCAGCACCAGGGCCUCCCCAUCGCCCCCCGUUCCCGUGACCACCAGCUCCCCGCUGAGCACCACCCCGGGCCCUUCUUCGGCCGCCACCACGGCUGCAGGCUCCACGGUGAACACUCCGACCUCGCCCAUCACGACCGCCAGCCCCGUGACCUCAGUGGCCACGCCCACUGCCUGUCAGCCUCGCUGUGCCUGGACCGGCUGGCUGGACCAGAGCUACCCCAUGCCCGGAGCCUCCGGAGGGGACUUUGAGACCUACGCCAACAUGCGGGCAGCCGGCCGGCCCGUCUGCGAGCGGCCCGAGGGCCUGGAGUGCCGGGCCGAGAGGCUGCCCCACGUGCCCCUGGAGCAGCUGGGCCAGGUGGUGCUGUGCCGGCUGGAGGAGGGCCUGGUGUGCCGCAACCGCGACCAGGGUGGCCUCUUCAAGAUGUGCCUCAACUACCAAAUCCGCAUGCUCUGCUGUGACGACUACCGCCACUGCCCCAGCACGGCCACGCCCACCAGCACGGCCACUCCCACCAGCACGGCCAGGACCACCAGCACGGCCAUGCCCACCAGCACGGCCACUCCCACCAGCACGGCCACUCCCACCAGCACGGCCAGGACCACCAGCACGGCCACGCCCACCAGCACGGCCACGCCCACCAGCACGCCCACGCCCACCAGCACGGGCCAGCGGACUUCGGGGGCUACAGAGCUCAGGACCAAGGCAACCACCCAGUCACCCCCCUCGUCCCCCGAGACCACAGAGAGGGUCACCGUCCCCACCGCUGAGACAGGACCCUCUACUGCCAGGACCACCGAGAGCGUGCCCCCCACCCAGACGGCUCGCACCCCCCUCAGGACCACCGAGAGCGUGCCGCCCACCCAGACGGCUCGCACCUCCCUCAGGACCACCGAGAGCGUGCCCCCCACCCAGACGGCUCACACCUCCCUCAGGACCACCGAGAACAUGCCCCCCACCCAGACGGCUCACACCUCCCUCAGGACCACCGAGAACAUGCCCCCCACCCAGACGGCUCGCACCUCCCUCAGGACCACCGAGAGCGUGCCGCCCACCCAGACGGCUCACACCUCCCUCAGGACCACCGAGAGCGUGCCGCCCACCCAGACGGCUCACACCUCCCUCAGGACCACCGAGACCACCCUGCCCACCAGCUCCCUGAAGCCAACCAUGACCUCCACGACCUCCACAACCUUCAUGACCUCCACGGCCCCUGGGGCCUGCACGCCACGGUGCACGUGGACAGACUGGUUCGACGAGGACUACCCCACACCCGGCCCCGACGGCGGGGACUUUGAGACCCUCUCGGUCCUCCGCGCGGCCGGCCACGACUUCUGCGAGCGGCCUCAGGACAUCGAGUGCCGGUCAGAGAAGGCGCCAGACGCGAGCCUGGAGGCCGUGGGCCAGGUGGUGCAGUGUGACGCGCGUUUCGGGCUGGUGUGCCGCAACCGCGACCAGCGCGGCCGGUUCCGGAUGUGCCUCAACUACCACGUGCGUCUGCUCUGCUGUGACGACUACCGCCACUGCCCCUCCCCCGCCCCGGAGACCACCACGGCGGCCCCCUCCCCGCCUCCAGGGAGCACCCUCACCCCAGGGACGCCCACCACCAGGGCCACCUCCAGCCCAGGGCCCAGCACCAGGGCCUCCCCAUCGCCCCCCGUUCCCGUGACCACCAGCUCCCCGCUGAGCACCACCCCGGGCCCUUCUUCGGCCGCCACCACGGCUGCAGGCUCCACGGUGAGCACUCCGACCUCGCCCAUCACGACCGCCAGCCCCGUGACCUCAGUGGCCAUGCCCACUGCCUGUCAGCCUCGCUGUGCCUGGACCGGCUGGCUGGACCAGAGCUACCCCAUGCCCGGGGCCUCCGGAGGGGACUUUGAGACCUACGCCAACAUGCGGGCAGCCGGCCGGCCCGUCUGCGAGCGGCCCGAGGGCCUGGAGUGCCGGGCCGAGAGGAUGCCCGACGUGCCCCUGGAGCAGCUGGGCCAGGUGGUGCAGUGCCGGCUGGAGGAGGGCCUGGUGUGCCGCAACCGCGACCAGGGCGGCCUCUUCAAGAUGUGCCUCAACUACCAAAUCCGCGUGCUCUGCUGUGACGACUACCGCCACUGCCCCUCCCCUGCCCCGGAGACCAAUGCGCCCUCGGCCCCCAGCACCCUCGGGCCCAGCACCUCCCCCAGCCCGCCCGCGCCCACCAGCCCCUGCCGGUGUCAGGCGUUUGGACAGCUCUUCUCACCAGGGGACGUCGUGUACAACAGGACCGACGGGGCCGGCUGCUACUUCUACGCCGUCUGCAACCAGCAGUGCGAGCUGGACCGCUUCCAGGGCGCCUGCCCCACCUCCUCGCCCCCGGAGCCCCCAACCGCAACCUGGGUGCCCCUGACCUCGCCUGCUCCCGGCUGUGACCUCGCCGACCCUCCCCGACAGGUGAACGAGUCCUGGACGCUGGAGGACUGCACGGUGGCGCGGUGCGAGGGCGACAACCUCAUCGUCCUGCUGGAGCCGCAGCCCGUGGCCCAGGUCUCCUGUGUGAACGGGUACCUGCCGGUCAAGGUGCAGAGCCAGCAGGAGCCCUGCCGCUUCCACUACGAGUGCGAAUGCUCCUGCAGCAGCUGGGGCGACUCCCACUACGUCACCUUUGACGGCACCCCCUACUCCUUCCGGGACAACUGCACGCACGUGCUCGUGAGGGAGAUCCGGCCGCGCCACGGGAACCUCACCGUCCUCCUGGACAACCACCACUGCGGGGCCGCGGCCUCCGCCUCCGCCAGCUGCCCCCGCGCCCUCCACAUCCGCUACGCGUCCACGGACGUCGUCCUCACCACCGAGACGGCCGCCAGCGGGCGGGAGGAGGGCCUGAUCCUGUUCGACGGCGUGCGGGUGAGCCAGGGCUUCAGCCAGAACGGCGUGAGCGUGUCCGUGACGGCGAGCACCACGAUGCGCGUGGACAUCCCGGCCGUCGGGGUCAGCAUCACCUUCGACGGGCAGGCCUUCCAGGUCCAGCUGUCCUACAGCCGCUUCAGCCACAACACCGAGGGCCAGUGCGGCACCUGCACCAACAGCAAGACGGACGACUGCCGCCUGCCGGACGGCACCAUCGCCCCCACCUGCCAGGACAUGGCCAGCGCCUGGCUGGUCCCCGAGACCAACAAGGAAGGCUGCUCGGCCCCCACAGGCCCGCCCGCGACCACCAGCCCCCCCUCCCCAGCACCCACCACGCCCACCUCCACCCCGUGCCCCCCAGCGCCCCUCUGCGAGCUGAUGCUGAGCCACAUCUUCGCCGAGUGCCAGGACCUCAUCCCGCCCGGCCUGUUCUUCAGCGCCUGCGUCCAGGACGCCUGCCAGGCCAGCCACCCCGGGGUGCCCUGCCAGAGCCUGGAGGCCUACGCGGCCCUCUGCCGUGCCCGGGGCGUGUGCAGCGACUGGCGAAACGCCACGGGCGGGCUGUGCGAGCUCCCCUGCCCACCCAAGAAGGUGUACCAGCCAUGCGGCCCCGUGCAGCCCGCGUCCUGUGACUCCAGGACCCAGAGCCCGGAGAGCACGGCGCUGGCGGAGGGCUGCUUCUGCCCCGACGGCCAGACCCUCUUCAACGCCCACACGGACGUCUGCGUGCCCGAGUGCCCCUGCGUGGGACCAGACGGGUUCCCCAAAUUCCCUGGAGAGCGGUGGGUCAGCAACUGCCAGGCCUGCGUGUGCGACGUGGGCUCCGUGUCGGUGCAGUGCGUGCCCGUGCAGUGUGACGCCCGGGAACUGCCCCAGGAGUGCGGCUGGGCUGGCUUCGUGGCCGUGACCAGGCCCCGGGCAGACAACCCGUGCUGCCAGGAGACGCUGUGCGUCUGCAACACGACCAGCUGCCCCCAGAGCCCGCCGGCGUGUGGGCCAGGAGAGGAGCUGACCCGCACCCAGGAGGAGGGCGGCUGCUGCCCCACCUUCAGCUGCCGGCCCAAGCUGUGCACCUACAACGGCACUCUCUACGGGGUCGGUGCAAUCUUCCCAGCGACCACUCCCUGCCACACGUGCACCUGCCUGUCCGUGGACUCCCAGGAGCCCACCGUGCAGUGUGAGGAGAACACCUGCAACGGAACCUGUCCCCCGGGUUCCGAGUAUUUGGCGGUGGCUGGGCAGUGCUGUGGGGAGUGCGUGCAGAGGGCCUGCCUCACGCCCGACGGCGGGGUGGUCCAGCCCAACGAGACCUGGGUCAACAGCCUGGACAGCUGCACCGAGUACCACUGCCAGGCCGAGCGCGGGGUGCCCGUGCUGAUCCUCAGGCCGUCGCCCUGCCCAGACGUGUCCAGCUGCAGGGGCAUCCUCAGGAAAACUGGCUGCUGCUACUCCUGCGAGGAGGAAGUGGACUCCUGCCAGGUCCGCGUCAACAGGACGGUGCUGCGGCACCAGGGCUGCGAGGCCCCCGUCAACCUCACCUUCUGCGAGGGCGCCUGCCCAGGAGUGUCCAGGUACUCCCCGGAGGCCCAGGCCAUGCAGCGCCGCUGCACCUGCUGCCAGGAGACCAGGGCCCACGAGGAGGCGGUGACCCUGCAGUGCCCCGAUGGGACUGCCAUCCAGCACACCUACACCCACAUCGACGAGUGCAAGUGCGACCUGGCCUGCGUCCCCUCGCCGGCCGCUCCCGGACAAGGCCACAGCAGCUUUGCCUGA